CCUGGCUGUCGCCACCUUCCAGGUUAUGACAGCGACAGAAGGAGGUCUGAGGAAGGAGAUAGGGCUGCUUAUUCUUCUGGAAACCCGGGAGCCACUUGGUGCAGACAGCCCUUCCCACUUUCCCUGCGGCUCUUUUGUGUGACUUUGAGAGGGGCUCCCCGGUGACUGAUUCCUCACUGGGCGCCUGCUGAGCCGAGCAGCCAGCUCUGGGAGGGAGGGACCCUAGCAGAGUGGAGCGGUAGCCAGAGGCAGCCAGCGCAGACCUCAACUGCUGGAUCUGGCUUGCAGUUUUUGAAGUCAGCAGAAUCAGAAAUUAAAUUACUAUCAUUUUGUGCUGCUGGAAGCUUAAGAAGAGGGGAUUCCGCACCAGCUCAGUCACCACCAUGCGACAGGCGAGUCACAGGACGGUGGACCCUGGCGACAACGUAUCUCUCCCGUGGACUCCUCCUAGCGCUGUGAAGGGAGGAGGCACUAUCAAGAGCCGUCACACUUAACUCUUACGAUGGGAGAGGAAAAGGCAGCCGGAGGAGCCACACAUGGGCUCCAUCCACUUCAACGCGUCCUAGAGCCAGGACACGAAGAUGAAUGGUGAGCCAAGCCUGUGACUUGCGAGUCUCUCCAUACUUCAUUUGCUACAACUUCCGGCUCAGACAUGGAAAUUCUCUGUGAAGACAAUACUUCUCUGAGCUCGAUUCCAAACUCCUUAAUGCAAUUAGACGGUGACUCCAGGCUCUACCAUAACGACUUCAGAGACGCUAACGGUUCUGAUGCAUUGAACUGGACAACUGAUGCUGAAAACCGAACCAACCUGUCCUGCGAAGGGUACCUCCCACCGACAUGCCUCUCCAUCCUUCAUCUCCAGGGGAAAAACUGGUCUGCUCUAUUGACAACUGUAGUGAUUAUUCUGACCAUUGCUGGAAACAUACUGGUCAUCAUGGCAGUGUCCCUAGAGAAAAAGCUACAGAAUGCCACCAACUAUUUCCUGAUGUCACUUGCCAUAGCUGAUAUGCUGCUGGGCUUCCUUGUCAUGCCUGUGUCCAUGUUAACCAUCUUGUAUGGGUACCGGUGGCCUCUGCCUAGCAAGCUCUGUGCAGUCUGGAUCUACCUGGACGUUCUCUUCUCUACGGCCUCCAUCAUGCACCUGUGCGCCAUCUCACUGGACCGCUACGUCGCCAUCCAGAACCCCAUCCACCACAGCCGCUUCAACUCCAGAACCAAGGCCUUCCUGAAGAUCAUUGCUGUGUGGACCAUAUCCGUGGGUAUAUCCAUGCCGAUCCCAGUCUUUGGAUUGCAGGACGAUUCGAAGGUCUUUAAGGAGGGGAGCUGCCUGCUCGCUGAUGACAACUUUGUCCUCAUAGGUUCCUUUGUGGCAUUUUUCAUCCCCUUAACCAUCAUGGUGAUCACCUACUUCCUCACUAUCAAGUCACUUCAGAAAGAAGCCACCUUGUGUGUGAGCGACCUCAGCACCCGGGCCAAAUUAGCCUCCUUCAGCUUCCUCCCUCACAGUUCUAUGUCCUCCGAGAAGCUCUUCCAGCGGUCCAUCCACAGGGAGCCGGGCUCCUACGCAGGCAGGAGGACGAUGCAGUCCAUCAGCAAUGAGCAAAAAGCGUGCAAGGUGCUGGGCAUCGUGUUCUUUCUGUUUGUCGUCAUGUGGUGCCCCUUCUUCAUCACCAACAUCAUGGCCGUCAUCUGCAAGGAGUCCUGCAAUGAAAAUGUCAUCGGAGCCCUGCUCAACGUGUUCGUCUGGAUUGGGUACCUCUCCUCCGCUGUCAAUCCACUGGUCUAUACACUCUUCAAUAAGACUUACAGGUCUGCCUUCUCGCGGUACAUUCAGUGUCAGUACAAGGAGAACAGAAAGCCCCUGCAGCUAAUUCUAGUGAACACUAUACCCACGUUGGCAUACAAGUCUAGUCAACUCCAGGGGGGACAGAAAAAGAACUCAGAGGAAGUCACUGAACCAACAGGUAACGACUGCUCUAUGGUUACUCUAGGAAAACAACCCUCAGAAGAGACCUGUACAGACAAUAUCAACACCGUGAAUGAAAAGAUUAGCAGUGUGUGAUGGACCGGUUGCUCUGAGAACUACACUCGAACAAGGUUUUACCCUUGUGUGUGUGUGGAGAGGGGCAGGGGUAAGGAGGCUGGGACAAAUUAGACCACCCCAGUGACUCAACAGCCUAUGCCUCAUUGUGUUCUGUGUCCGAAGAGCAGCGAGUCGCAGUGUACACUGGGACAAUGUCCUGACAGCAUCUGAGCUAGGAGUGUUAGGGUUUUAUCAUUGUCCUUUUAACACUGUCAGUGAGAUCUUUAAAACCAUUUUUCCUUUACUGUACAAUUAUAAGGAGGCAUAAAAUCAAUCCAGCUCAUUUCUAUUAUCAAAUAGGAACCUCGCAGCUCUGUUGUUGAUGGGUGGCUUGGGAGUGAGUUGGUGACCGAUUAUUGUAUAUAAAAAUAGCUAGAAAUGAUGAAAAUAGUGAAUAGCCUCUUUUUAAAAAAAGAAGCGUUUAAAAUUCACCAUGACGCAUAUUUUGAAAAUAGAAAAUAGACAGUAUUAUGAAAUUUGUACUGCUAAUACAAUUGAUUGAAAUACUUGACAAUAUUUUUCAUUCUUGCCUUUUCAUAGAUGCCAUUUUGAAAUGUUCACAAGAUUGCUGGCAUCCGCUGCGUUUGUCAUUUAAUUCUCAGAUGUGGAAGGGUUUUAAAUGUUAUUCGAUAACGCGCUGCUUUCUCUUCUACUUCUUGGGCUUUACCUGAAUUUGCAAUGUGGUCUUGUUUCUUAUAUUUUCAUCUCUGUAAACUAACUAUCAAAGGAUAAUUUCGCUUUUCGAAAUACAGUUCUAGAAAUUGCUUCAAAAAAAAAAAAAAAAAGCAUCCUGGAGGUGUUUGGUCACGCUCUACGGAACCACUGCAUUGCGCAUGCGCCCUUUGAGCUGCGACCAGUACAUUGAGUUGACUGUCCCAGCUAAGCAAUAAACUCAGGUUUCUCGCUGUUAGCAGUAGUUUCUUAGGCUAUUUCUGUAAAAAUUUAAAAAAAAUAAAUAAAUAAACCAAGUGACUUUCCUACUGACACUUAAUCAGGUAAAACUGAUGUUUUCAAAGGGCAGGGGGUGUAGCUCCAAUGAUGAGCGCUCAUCCAGCUCACAGGAAGCCCUACCUUUGACCCCCAGUGCUGUGUGAAGCCGUGGUGCAGGCCAGUAAUCCUAGUCCUUGGGAAAUGCAGGUGAGAGAAUCAGGAUUUCCACGUCAUUCUCAGCUAUGUACCAGGUUUGAGGUCAGUGUGGACAGCAUGAAACCCUGUCUCUGAGAAGUUAAAAACAUGAUACUUUGAGAUUGAUGUAUUUAUAUUACUUAUUAAAACGGGUUAGCUUGACAGUGAUCUACUGAGUGUAUCUUCGGAGUGGAGCAGUUUCUUAGUUGCUAAGGAUAUCAAAAGGAAUGCAUAAGGUCUUUGCAUUUAACAAAGGACAACUUAAUUGGUUGUUAUCAAAAGUAUGAACGGAUUUGUUUUGAGAAUCAAUCAGUUCGGUUUCUUUUUUUUUACCUGAUUCAGAAAAGAGUUUGUAUCCACUCGUGAGAAUAUUUUAUUUCAGUUUUCCUCAUUUGCCAAGCAGGCAAGGAAAUGGGGGAAAAGUUGAAUCAAGGAUUUGAACUGACGUAUAGGAAUAACCACCUCAUUCUGGAUCCAGUCCAUGACUAUCAAGGCUUAAAGCAAUAUUUUUGUUCCUUCCUCUAAAACUGCAUUCAUUUUACUCUGAAAGACACUAGCUCCCAAUGAAAGAGCAAAUACAGCUGUGCAGUGGUGGCGCACACCUUUAAUCUCAGUGGUUGGGAGGCAGAGGCAGGCAGAUCUCUGUGAGUUCUGAGACCAGCCUAAUCUAUAAGAGCUAGUUCCAAGACAGGCUCCAAAGCUACAGAGGAACCCUGUCUCGAAAAACCAAAAUAAAUAAAUUAAAUUAAUUUUUUUUUUAAAAAAAAGCAAAUAUCAGUUACCAUAAUGUUUUGUAGAAAUGGCUAUUACAGACUAAUGAGAAUCAGCCACCGUUGGUCCACCUUGACACUGUGAUGCCCAAGGGUAAACUGCACAUUUCUGUUGGGACAGACAAUAGAUGCAGGAUAAAAUGCUGAAAGGUUUUUACUGACUAUAAAGGUGUUUUUCUAUAAGUCUUUGGGAAAUGUUACAGGUUUGGGGAAUUAAAGAAUAUAGGAAGCUUCAUUGCGUACGUUGGGAAUACAUCAAAGUUUUCCCAAGUUUGUCCUUACAGGAACUUCAGAUGACGGCCUUUCCUUCAGACAUAGAAUUGAUAGUGUGUCUCUACUACUGGGGUUGUUUUUAAAAGGAGUUAGCCCUUAAUAACUAGACCCUAAUGACUGCUAAAAAUAGAAGUCGGAAGAAGUCUGCUCUAAUGCGUUUUGCCUUAGUUUCAAACAUGUCAAUAUGCAUUAAGGAAAAGAUUACAGAUUCAAAUCCACGGACUUAAUUCAUCAGGAUGAACACAAAUACUGCCUGGCAGAUGUCUUUUGACUACACAUAUAUUACCAGUGUGUAUGUGGUUUUUCUCUCUGUAAGUAUCUAUUGAAGUGUAUAUAAGAAAAUGUGUGCCUGUAUAUAUGUACAGACAUGUUCCCAUGCACUUUAUUCAAUAUUUAUAUAUUUAUAUGGAAGAAGAGCAAGUCGGUGAAAACAUACACAUGUGCAUGUUUGAAUCAUGUUGAUCUAAAUGUGAAUUCAUGUUCUAAUAUUCCUAUGACCUUCCAUGGCUGCCAAGGGAGGUCACUGUGUAACAGAGAUGCCCUUUAAAUAAACUGGAAGUUGCUUUCAUGGUAUGGAAAAUUUUUCACACAGUUCUAUCAGGGUGUUGAAAACAAUCAUCUGUGUUCCAUAAAUUAAUCUUAAAUUGAAUGGUAGCUUAAGGCCUCUCUUUAGUCUGGGUCCUUCCUGACCUCUAUGGCUUUUCAGAUACCCUCCUCUCCCCAGUAGGGGGAGCAAUGACCCUCUAAUGAUUUAGGAAUCCGUGAUGAAAGGAUUCAUUUCUAGUCAAUACUAUUAAAAGAGUAACAAACUUCACUCUUCUUUAAGUUGAAUGAUAGCUUCUUCUAGACCUAAGGGGUUCAAUGCCAUAGUUAAGGAAAACCCAGUUAAAACUUACAUAAUCUAUUUGGCCACAUUGCCAUCUCAUGGUCAGUUUUGGGAAGUGCCACCAAAGUCCAAUCAAAUUGCAACUGUACUGCUUUUGGCAAAAGGGUUCUUCUCCCAUUUUGUGCACUGAUGAAACAUAUUUAUAAAGUGUUGUUAUUCUGUGCCAUAUGUAACAAACAUAGUGAAGAUUUAUUUUAUGUACUGAUUUUAAUCUAUUCUAAAAUAUUUCAAGAAUGAAUGAUUAAUUGCCAAUAAAGUACAUUA